AUGACCUUGGAGGAUACCAAUGGUGUACGUCAAGAAGGUGCUUCUUUAGUUGUUCUGCAGAGACAAACUUCAAAUGAUGGUCAAUAUGGAAGUCAUGAAACUUAUUCAGCUGAUGCUCAAUCUCAAAUAGAUUCUUUUGUUACUGCUCCUUCACCUUCAAAGAGAUCAAUUGUUUCUAAAACUCCCACUGUUUCAAAUUUAGGUCUUCCUCAAGCCUUUUCUCUGAUAAAUUCAGGAAUUAAUACUUCACAAUAUAUUACAGCUAAAUCAACAUUAUCACAAUUAAGAAAUCAACCAUCUAUUACAGCAAGACCCAAUCUCCAAACACCAAUGAAAACUGUACAUAAUAAAGAACAUAUAUUAAUGUUUGAUUCAAAUUCAUAUGAUGCUGAUGAUGAUUUUACAAUUAAAGAUAAACUUCAAGAUGAUAUAGAUAUAAAUGAAAUUACACAUGAACCUCCAUUUCUGCCUGCAACUCAUAGUUAUGCAAGAUUUGGCAAAUCAACUUUAAGACAAACCAUUAUCGCAAGACAAUCAAAUAGAAUGGUUCCGUUACAGGAUCGUCUUACAGAUCAUAUGGAGGAACAAAUGAUUAGAUGGAGAGCUCCACAAUCAUCUUAUCAAGCUGAAGAUAUAUUGAGUGGGAAUCAUCCUUAUCAAAAAACUGAACUUGAAAAUCAUGAGAUUAUUAAAGAUGGAACUUUAACAUCUGAUCCAGAAUCUGCUCUAAAUCCAAGUAAUAUAAGUACAGAUAGUGCAGUUAAUAGUAUUGCAAAAUCUCCAUUUGUGAAUGUUGAUUUUAAAACAGGUGCUUCAUUAGUUAGAAAUCAUAGAGUACGAGAAACUUUCCGUGAACAUAAUGAUCUUCCAAUAAAUUCUAAAAAAGAGGCUAAAACAGAAGUAAUUGAAGUCAAUGAUGAUCAAGAUGGUGAUGAUAAUUAUAAUGCUGAUAGUGGUUCAAUUCAAGAAAGUUUAAGAUUUAAUCUGCAUAGUGACGAACAAAAAUCUGCAUCUGCAUCUUCUUCAAUUAUUAGAAAAUUAAAUCAAAAUUCAACUAGUGAUGAUGAUGAAAAAGAUCCAGGUCUUGAAUUAGCACGUUGUCCUGGUGGGAUACCAACUUCAGGUAGAACUAUUGAUGCUGAACAAUUGAAUCGUGAAGAUUUAGAAAGAUUAGCUAAAGAUGAUCCCGAACCUUUAAAUCUGUUACAAUUUGAUCAAAAUCCAAAUGAUCCACCAAAUCCAUAUGAUAAUGAUGAUCAUGAUCAAGGAUGUUGGGAUGCCUUUUUGGAAGCUUGUCAAGAUGUUUGGAAAGAAUGUAUUGAUAUAUGUACUUGUAAUUGUACAUGUGAUGAAGAUUUAGAUCCAAGAAUAAAUCCAUACUCUAUCAAUCCACCAUAA